CCUCAGUAGCCAGAAAUCUGAUGAUGACUAUGAAGAUUAUGCCUCAAACAAAACAUGGGUUUUAACUCCAAAAGUUCCAGAGGGAGAUGUCACUUUCAUCUUAAAUGGCUUACUAGAGGGAUAUGACAACAAGCUGAGACCUGACAUAGGAGUAAAACCAACGUUAAUUCACACUGACAUGUAUGUGAAUAGCAUUGGACCAGUGAAUGCUAUUAACAUGGAGUACACAAUUGACAUUUUUUUUGCACAAACUUGGUAUGAUAGACGCCUGAAAUUUAACAGUACCAUAAAGGUCCUCAGGCUCAAUAGCAACAUGGUUGGGAAGAUUUGGAUCCCAGAUACUUUUUUCCGGAACUCCAAAAAAGCUGAUGCCCACUGGAUCACAACGCCCAAUCGCAUGCUCAGAAUCUGGAAUGAUGGCCGCGUUCUAUACACACUCAGGCUGACAAUAGAUGCUGAAUGUCAGUUACAGUUGCAUAACUUCCCAAUGGAUGAACAUUCCUGUCCCCUGGAAUUCUCCAGCUAUGGUUACCCACAGGAAGAAAUUGUUUAUCAAUGGAAGCGCAGUUCUGUUGAAGUAGGAGACACAAGGUCUUGGAGACUUUAUCAGUUUUCAUUUGUUGGACUCAGAAAUACUACUGAGGUGGUGAAAACAACUUCAGGAGAUUAUGUUGUAAUGUCUGUGUACUUUGACCUGAGCAGAAGAAUGGGAUAUUUUACCAUUCAGACUUACAUUCCCUGCACACUUAUUGUCGUCUUAUCUUGGGUAUCUUUCUGGAUCAAUAAGGAUGCUGUUCCAGCCAGAACCUCAUUAGGUAUUACUACUGUCCUGACAAUGACUACUCUUAGUACGAUUGCCCGUAAAUCUCUCCCCAAGGUCUCUUAUGUGACAGCCAUGGAUCUCUUUGUGUCUGUCUGCUUUAUUUUUGUCUUUUCUGCCUUGGUGGAAUAUGGCACCCUCCAUUACUUUGUCAGCAAUCGGAAGCCAAGCAAGGACAAAGACAAAAAGAAGAAAAACCCGCUUCUUCGGAUGUUUUCCUUCAAGGCACCUACAAUUGAUAUUCGACCAAGGUCAGCCACUAUUCAAAUGAACAAUGCCACACACCUUCAGGAGAGAGAUGAAGAAUACGGUUAUGAAUGUCUUGAUGGCAAGGACUGUGCCAGUUUUUUCUGCUGCUUUGAAGAUUGCCGAACAGGGGCAUGGCGUCAUGGAAGAAUACAUAUUCGCAUUGCUAAAAUGGACUCUUACGCUCGGAUCUUCUUUCCCACUGCCUUCUGCUUAUUCAACCUAGUCUACUGGGUUUCCUACCUUUACCUUUAAGCAAGAAUGAAGCAAUGAUAAGAGUCUUAAUCAAUGAUUCCCAUGGGGAGAUGAUUUAAAGGUUCCCUUUUAAAUGUCCACUUAAUAUAAUCUCUCAUAUGCUUUAUAUUGGUCUCAAUUCAUUUGUGCCAUAAUAUGGAAUAUCCUAAUCAUGCCAUGUCAUUUGUCCCUGACUUUCCUUUGGUUAAUGUGAUUUGGAUAUUACUGAUUGAACUAAUGAAAACUGUUAUGUAAAUGGAAAAUAAGAAUGAUGAAAACAAAAGUAGAUCAAAAUGUAGCAAUGGCAGCUCUAAAAGAAAUGGAGGGGAUGUGAAAUUGAACUGGUGGAAUACCUUUACCCUUCCAUUGUAAAAAUACACACACACACACACACACACACAAUUUAUAAGAAAUGUACAAUGUGUUUGCUUGGGGUAGAGAGAUAUCAUCAAUCUUUACCCUUUAGAAUCUUCUUUUCAUUUUGAGAAGCAUUAUCUCUCAAUUCAAAUAAGUGUUACUAGCCUAGAAAUGUUAUCCUCCCAUACCCCCAAGUUAAUAAUAGGAAAAAAAUACCAUCCUUUUAAGAGCACAUGUAAAAUGUUGUAAAUAUUGAAAUACCUUAUAAUGCUUAAAGUAGUGCAUGCAUCAUUUUAGGGCCAAAAUAAAUGAAGCAAAGAUACCAUAAAGUAUUGUCUUUUAUUUUGUGGCUCUGGGCUGUAAGUGAAAAAUGUUAAUAGAAUCAUAAAGAGUCAGUCUGGGUUUGGGAUUGGGGAGGAGAACUUAGCUGCCCUCUCAUGCAUGAAGAUUAAAACAGCAUUUUUGUGUAUGACAGUUUGAUACCUUAAUAUAUAUAUAUAUAUAUAUAUAUAAACAAAACAAUCUACAUUUGCCUCUUCUAAAUAGUCUAUGAAUCAAAAAGGAUCGACAAUUUCUUAUCUAGUUUAUUAAGUGACUGUAUGUGCUUGACGCUAUUUUUUCUUGCUUUCUAGUCCAUUAGAUUGCAAUAGAAAUUAUUCUUCAUCACAGGAUCUGCUUCAGGCUAUUAAUACAUAAGCUGCUGGUGACUCCUUCCAUAUCAAGCUCAAAUGAUGAUUAGUCAUCUCACAUGGGGUAUUUGUGGAGUGAUACAUCUCUCGGAAAUAACCAGAAGGGUCAGAAGGAACUUCAGUUUUCAAUCUUUGUCAUCUGGAAUUUGUAUUUCAUUUUCAGGCAAGGGUCAUUUUUGUUUUUCUACUAUGACAAUGGUAUUUUCUCUUUCUUUUCUUUUCAUAUUAAGAAGCAAGUUUACUAAUACACAAUCACUUGAGCAUCUGCUUUGAUAUUUUUUCCCAUUUGUGGGAAUGGGUUGGUUCCAAUUCAACAACAUUCUCUCAUGUGAAUCACUGGCACAGAUUUCCAAAAUUCAUACAUGACUGGGGUUAUAGGGAUAAUCUGUAGUUAUGUCAUACAUGGCGAGCAUUCAAUAAGUGUUCAUUGAAAGAAUGGCCCACAGAGGGAACAAACCAAUGAACUUGACAUUGUUAGACUAUACUCUUAGUGAGCUAAUUAACUAAUGACUUUAAACAUGAUAAAUUAUGCCAUAUAAACAGUUUGUUCUACCCCAUAGCUUUGUUUCUGUACAGCAAUACUCCUUUAACAUGCUUCUCUUCUGUGGUGUGGUUACUGUAAGACAGAAAUCUAACCAUCACAAUUAUACAAUUUACAAAUUCCCCCAAAUAAUCAAAGGGGAAUAAAAAGUGUCUUUGCUAACAGACAAGCUGUGUGUAGUUUGUGUAUUUCAAACCAUCUAUUCCAUAUGGAUGAAUCUUGAAACUCAUUCAGCCACAGGUUUUCCAAACUUUUGAUCAUAUCUGAUGUACUCAAUUAUGCAACCUUAUGCCAAUGUAAAUGCAAUCAAUUCUCUUUGAAUAUUUUUCUGUAAUUGUAAAAGUAUUAAAAUGCUUACUUUAGGAGAGUUGUUGGCAAAUUUCAGUAAUGAGUAAUGUGUGCUAGUUGUCAUGAUACAAUUGCUUUAUAACAGAUGAAGGCACAAAGUAAAAGCUAGUUUUCCAAUGUUUGUAUAGGCUUGGAAAUCCAUAUACACAGAAAAAUAAACUAAUUCUGAAUCAUCAUCUUUCCUCAUCAAAUGUAUUUGGAAAUCCUUUUCAAAAAGGAAUUGCACAAACCUGUGGACUUUUACAAUAAAACUGCUGCUCUUAAACACAGAAAGGUGGCAUCUCCUUGCUGGUGUCUUUGCACUAUACUGUAUUAAAAGGUGGGUCUUCCCUUCUU